AAACUUUACAUUCGUUCUUAUCUCAGACGCUGUAUAUAACAGGCCAGGUGGGGAAAUCAGUGUUAAUCUAGGGAAAUAAACUCAUUCUGAAGAUACAGAAGCAGAAACUUGACCUCAGGCGAUCUCCGGCGAGGCCAGGUACGCUGAGAGCACCGGGAGGAGGUGUGUUCAAUUCUCCUCCUGUCUUUACACCUCCACCUUAUCCUCGCUCUGUCCCCUCUCUCCUCCACCCAGCACUGCAGCUCUUACCUGCCCUCCGACCGAAGAAGCGAAGUUAAAUCAUGGCCUCUGGAGUAGCUAUCAGCGAUGAGGUGGUGGAGCACUACACUAAGAUCCGAGUGCGUUAUCAGGGCAGCGAGGAGAAAGAGCGCUUUAAGAUAGUGAUCAUGCGCAUGAGCGAAGACCAGAAGAGCAUCAUCGUGGAUCACGAGUCCUCGCUGAAGGUCAAAGACGUGGAGAAAGAGGAUAACGUCUUCAAGAAGAUCCUCAGCACUCUGCCCGAAAAAGACUGUCGCUAUGCCCUGUACGACUGCACCUACGAGACCAAGGAGAGCCUGAAGGAGGACCUGGUCUUCAUUAUGUGGGCUCCUGAAGACGCACCCCUGAAGAGUAAAAUGGUUUAUGCCAGUUCGAAAGGCGCUCUCAGGUCUAAACUCCCAGGUCUGAAGUUUGAGUGGCAGGUGAACGACCCGGCGGAUAAAGAAUUAUCAGCACUGGUGGAGAAGCUGGGUGGGCGAGGUGUAGUAAAAUCUCUAGAGGGAAAAAGUCUCUAAAACCUGGAAUCGGACUGAUAAACCGAACUCCACUUCACAUUUAAUUGGACUUAUUGGUUUUACAGAUGCAAUUAUUGCUAAUGCUGAUAUAAAACAUUUAGAGAUACAGUUUAUAAAGAUUUUUUUUCCAUCAGAAAUGAGCUAUUUAGGCCCUUUCACCAAGAAUAACAUUUUAUUAACCAAAAAAUGAAUGUGAUUUUUAACAAAGUGCAAAGUCUUCUUAGCGAUGAAAGCUACAGCUCACGCAACAGAGCUCUCUGAUUGGCCAGCCUGGUCAAACAACUCAGUUCUCAGUUGGACUCAUUAGACAACAUUACUAUGUGGUUCAUAGUAAUCUUUUAAUCUUAAUCUUUUUUGGUGUGAAAGAAUCUGACUCAGACUCCGUUUUAAAGGGACUUAACUCAGGAAUUCACCUGAUAAUGCCGUUUAUUAACCAACCUUACACUGACCUUCCAUUCUGACUCCACUGGAUAAAGAGCACUUCAGAUUUUCCUUAUUUUUUCUACAGAAAACUGAAAAUUAUUUGGUCAAAAAAGAAACGUUUUUGGAUUUGUUCUUGCUAUAGUGAUUUAUUGAUAGUUGUGUUCUCAAUAAAAGAUCAUACAACAGUA